AUGAGAAACACAGUGGUCCCUCAUCUACGAACUGGAGAUUUGCGAGCGGAGUCCCUGGCAGCCGGCGGCACGGCAGAGGGAAGAGGGCCGACUGGACGGGGCUCCGCCUUCUCCUUUUUCCGCGACCCCGCGAUGGACUGUGCCCCAUGCGUCUAUGCACUGUCCCAAUUGAACGAGCAGCCGGUCAAGUGGAUCCGACAACCCCACUGUGACAGCUUGGGCUUAGCGCGUUGGAUCUCCAAUGGGCGGUCCAGGUCCCAGGUGGUGGGGUUUCCAGGGAGAGGUCCCCGCCAUGGCCCAUGA